AUGCUGGAGCCUCUGUCGGCAUUCAGUCCAACAAAGUCACCACUGCAGGCACACAACCUCAAACCAAAGGUCUUCCUGGUACCCACUUGGUGCAGCAACUGCAAGGGUGUUCUGGUUGGAAGCGGUUUCGAAUGUAGCGGGCCUUGCAAGAUGAGGUGUCACAUUGGCCUUGGUGCAAACCAGGCGGAGCACUGCAAGGCGGAGCUCCUGCUAAAGCCCUGUGAGGAGUGUGAAUGCAGUCGAGUUCAGGGACAGUAUAGAUUUGGCGACAUGACCAAGCAGAUCUUUCGCAACGAGCACCAGAAGAUCAAAGACCUGGUGGUGAAAGAGGCACUGAAAGAGCAAAGAGGCUUUGGUAAGUUCGACAAACUCAAGUCAUAUGCAGAAGCUAUCCAAGACAGAUGGGACCCCCAGAUGGUGAAGCAGUACCUGCUUUAUGGUGUUCUCCUGUCCAACAUCGCGAUCUUCAUUCUGAUAUAUUGGUUGGUGCUUGUGAUUGCUUGGCCAGCUCAUGGCUAUGAGCGAGCCAAUCUCUUGGGCUGGCUCCAGGCAGUGUCGAACUUCGCCUCGCUGACCCUUUUUGAGGGUGUCUUGGCCGUGGCUUUGCACUUGCUCCUGCACCAGGUCCUUCUCUACUCCGAACUCAUUCAUGGCUUUGUCCGUGAAAUUCUGCAAAUAGAUUUGCGAGAGCUGCAGAUUGAUGUGCAACGAGCAUCCUUGGCCUUUUCUGAAGUCACCUUCUACGCCCUGCAAAUCUUUGGUGGCAUGGGGAUACUUUCUGUGCACACUGCAGAUGAUCUGGGACAAAUUGUCAGAAGCUAUUUGGAACUGACGCUGCCAAAUCCUCCUGUGGAUGCCAUUGUAGGCUUCUACAAAAAAGCUGCGGCACUUUGCCGUCAAAAUGUUCUUUUGGAUGGUGCUGGACGAGUGUCAUACUUUUCCCUACGGAAUUUGACUCGCGCGUUGCGCUUUGCCUUGCGUUUGGCACGGCGAUCGCAUCAUGCAACUCCCGCUAAGCAGGCCUUGGCACAAGGACUAGCCGUUGGAUUUGCAACGACGCUCGACUCUUCAUCUUCCAAAGUGGUUGAAGACAUGAUCAAGGAGGCGCUCGGAGUGUUACCAUCUCUGCCCGUUCAGAGUGCGAAGGCUGGAACAUCUUCGACAGCCGCGGUCAAAAUGGACCCAGACCAGAGUUGGAUCAAUGUGGAAGGCUACUGGAUCAAAGCAGGUCCUCAAAAGAUCGACACAGACGGUGCACACAAAGACUUCGUGAUCACAGAUUCUGUCCGUCGAAAUCUGCACAACAUUGCGCGCAUGCUAAGUGGUGGCCGAUUUCCCAUUCUCUUGGAAGGGCCCACCUCCGCUGGAAAGACCUCGCUGGUAAAGUUUCUGGCACACUUGACUGGGCACGAGUUUGUGCGCAUCAACAAUCAUGAGCACACAGACUUGCAAGAGUACGUGGGCCAGUAUGUGAGUGAUCCUGACACUGGGCAACUGGUAUUUCAAGAGGGUGUUCUGGUGAGGGCUGCAAGGGCAGGUCAUUGGGUUGUCCUUGAUGAGUUGAACCUGGCUCCCAGUGAGGUUUUGGAAGCGCUGAACCGUUUGUUGGAUGACAAUCGAGAACUGUACAUCCCAGACACUGGCAGCACUGUGAAGCCCCACGAGGAGUUUAUGGUCUUUGCCACACAGAAUCCAGCCGGAGCCAACUAUGGCGGUCGCAAACUGUUGUCGCGAGCGUUUCGAAAUCGUUUCACUGAAGUUUUUGUGAGCGAACUGCCUAUGGAAGAACUCGCCGUCGUUCUGCACAAACGCUGUCAGGUUCCCCCAUCGUAUGUGAAGGUAAUGCUUGCAGUUUACCAAGACUUGCAGUCGCAUCGAAACCAAUCGGCAGUUUUCCUGGGCAAACAAAGCUUUAUGACGGUGCGUGACCUUCUGAGAUGGGGGGACAGAAGACCGAGCUCCUACUUGGAGCUUGCCGUUGAGGGUUGGGCGCUGCUUGCAGAAAGGCUACGCAAGGACGAGGAGCGCGAAGUGGUCCGUAAAUCGUUGCAGAAGCAUUGCAGCGGAGUAAAAUCUCUGCAGGUGGACUAUGCCAAAGAUUCAUUUGUUCUAGAGGCUAAAGCCCGUGUCACGGCAAAGUUGAAAGCAGGUGAGCAGCCGCCUGUUGGGGUAGGGGAAGUUGUUUGGACACCUGCCUUUUGCCGAAUGGUGGCUCUCAUUGGUCGCUGUGUGCAAUCAGGUGAGCCAGCCCUUCUUGUCGGAGAAACAGGUGGUGGAAAAACUAUGGCAUGUCAGUUGAUCUCCUGGGCAUUGGUGGAAGAGGGACUGCCUCAAAGGAGGCUGCGAACUUUGAACUGCCACCAACAGACCGAAACGUCGGAUUUUAUUGGCUCCCUGCGUCCUGUCCGUGGCCGAGAUGCUGUGUUUAAUGCCAUUUGCGAAACAGCCAAAAAGUUGGAGCCUGAACUGACCAGCAUGGACCGUGGUGAUGCAUCAAUGGUCCAGACUCUAGACAAGCUGAACACUGAAGUGAAAGCUGCUGCCAGAGGAAUGGGAAAUCCCAAGAUUUUGGGUCAGGCUCUCCGGUCAGCGUUGGCCAAGAAUGCUUUCGGCUCCGAGACGGAUUCUGAAGUCCCGGCCACAAAGCGACCUCGCUUGGAUGCAUCCAAAGCCCAAGGCGGUUUGCUGACCGUGGCCACCCAAUUGAGUAGCCUUUGUUCUGACUAUGACCGAAUUUUCGAGUGGGCAGAUGGAGCUUUGGUGGAAGCGAUGCGCUGUGGGGGUGGCUUUCUUGUGGAUGAGAUCUCCUUGGCUGAAGAUUCUGUGUUGGAAAGGUUGAACUCCGUACUGGAGCCCGAACAUUCCUUGCUGCUUGCUGAGAAACCCCUUACGGGCCGAGAUCUUGAAGUGAUUCGUGCGUUGCCAAGCUUUCGCCUUUUUGCCACCAUGAACCCAGGUGGUGACUUUGGAAAACGAGAGCUUUCUCCCGCUUUGCGCAAUCGCUUCACUGAGAUUUGGGUUGAUUCCAUCGACUUCUCCACCAAGGAAGCAGAGGAUCUGGUUGCGAGCCAACUUCCAUGGUCUCAGCUUGCCAGGCCGAUGCUCAAUUGUGUGACUUGGUUCAAUGAACGAGUUCUUCAUCCGUUGAGCAUUCGAGAAGUGCUGGCUUGGUCGGCCUUUGUCCACAGUACAGCCAGUACAGCCAGUACAGCCAGUACAGCUGGGGCCGACUCUGAAAGCUUUCGCAAAGCAGUUGAGAUGUAUUUACAUGGCGGCUGCAUGACGUUGGUUGACAGCCUUGGACUUGGAAACCAACUGGUGGAUACUGAGUGCAUCGCAAAGUACCAGAUGGAAACGGAGGACGAGAACUCGGGUGGGCUGACAUCAGCACAGAAGGCUAUCCUGCGAUACUUGCUCCAGCAACUUGAAACGGAGGUAUUUGAAGGCUUGAAUGAUGAAAGCAGGAGGCUUUUACGAGAGUCCUUCGGUGCAGAUGGAUUUGCUUGGGUCAAACAACAUCGCAGAUGUGUGAAGGAGAACUUCCUUGACUUUGGCGGUUUCAAGGUCUCAGCCUCUCAACCAGAUGAAGAUGUUGACAUGGAUCAUUCAGGCGCUGCUGAAGAAUUUGACUUUGGAGCUCCAGCUGCUGCCUGCAAUGUUGGACCAGCCCUGAGAGAUCUUGCUGAAUGUCUGGCUUCAUUGUAA